AUGACGACAUUCCUCGCAGAGCUUGAACAGGAUCCGUUUGAUGGGGAAGAGUUCAUCGAGAGGCUUGCAUGGAGAGCAACAAAUGGAAAGUUUGACGAUGACACCUUUGAGAGUGAAGCAUUGCACGAAGCACUGCACGAAGCUUUUGAGAAUGGAAUUAAAGACCUGAAAUCUAUUUAUGAUACCAACCAGAAGAAAUGUGAACGUCUGGAAAUGAUUUGCGGUGAAGAGGAGAAGAAGCACUGGAGCAAAGUGGGUGAGCUUCAGCAAAAGUGCAAAGACUCUCUAGCCAGCUUUGAGAAACUUGACAAGCGCCUGGACAUUGUGGCCGACAAAGUAGUCUACUUGGGCGAGCAACUUGAAGGCGUCAACACUCCUCGCACCAGAGCAGUAGAGGCACAAAAGCUGAUGAAGCAAUUUGCUCGAUACCUUGACUAUAAUGAUGACUUUUUGAACCCAUUCGGGGACGAAUUUGAGGAGAGUAUUACUAAGCUUUACGAAGAGGCCGAUAUCAUUCAAAAGCUGUAUCUCAUAUCGCAAGAACUGCCUGCAGGACCCAAAUUUGACAAAGCUAAAGAGUUAAUCGCCAAACGCUAUGACUUUAUUGAAAAGCAACUUAUUGAGGAGUUUGCUACUGCACAGAAGAAUGAUGAUCGGGUCAAGAUGAAGAUGAUUUCAUCCAUUCUCACACAUUUCAAAGGCUACUCCCAGUGCGUCGAUGUGUUCAUUGAGCAAAGCCAAAUGGGAAUAUUUUUAAGCGAAAACAUUUUUGGUGACAUAGUUUCACUUUGUGGAAAGAAUCAAAAGACCAUUACUGAAGUGUUUACCAACCCAGACCAAGUAAUGUCAAAAUUUGUGCUGAACAUUUUCCACGGAAAGAUUCAGGAAUUUAUUUCCACUCGACUUAUCGAUGACCGCGGAGAAGAGUUUCUGGCUGAACUCUUUGCCAUGUUCUCAAAAACAAAUAAACUGAUCGAGCAGUUGUCUAAACAAAAGUUCCUCGGCUGUGAUAAUAACUUCCUCAAUAAGAUUACCCGCAACAUAUUUGCCAGACAUCUUGACAAUUACAUUGUUCUUGAAACUUCCAAUUUAAAAGAAAAAUGUAUGUCGAUUCUACAAAGCUACUACGACUCAAAGAAUCACAUUAAACGUGCCGCCCCGUCCAGUUCCAUUCAGGAGAUGAUUCAAGCGAGAAUCGGCCGAACUAAUAUCAAUCUUGCCAACCUUAAUCUCAAUAUCACAGCUGCCAAUCAAGAACUGCCUGGCGAAACUUUUCUCUCUGAGGAAAUUGCAAUUUCAAUACUGCAAGAAACGAAAAGGUCUCUCCAGCGAUGUGCACUGCUCUCAAAGCCACAGGAAAUGGCACAGAAUGCUCUUAUCUUGUAUGAAAUUGAACUGCAGCAUCUGUGCAUUGAUCACAUCGAUUACGCCAUUGAGUUUGGUCUACAGGCCAUUCCACAAGCCGAUCCAAAGAGCCCUCCUGAGAUAUACUUUUUUGAUGUGGUUCGCCAGUGUAAUGAAAUCUGCCACCUCAUUGAAAAGCAGUUUGCCAACUCGGUACUUCCCUUGAUUUCCUCAACCACUAAAUACCCUGAAUGCAUUAAGAAGAAGCGAGAUGUGAUGCAGCAGAUGGAAAAUAAGCUUAAUUCAGGCCUAGAAAAGUCGAACGCAUCAAUAAUCGGCUGGAUAAAAAACAUACUUCAAUCUGAGCAGAAGAAAAGCGAUUUUAAGCCCGAGUCUGAAGACAUUAUUCCUACUUGCACUAAUGCUUGCUCAAAAGUUGUCAAGUUUAUCAACUACAACCGCAGCAAGAUUCUCGAAUCAUUGGACGGGAAAAAUGUAGAGGCCAUUCUUUCAGAUUUAGGCGUCAAGAUUCAUCGGACCAUAUUUGAGCACUUUCAGCAAUUUCAAUUCAACAUUGUUGGUGCCAUGGUUGUUAUUUGUGACGUUAAAGAGUACCGCAAUUGUAUUGACAAGUUUAAGUUACCAUUGCUUAACAACUUAUUCAACAUUCUUCAUGCACUGUGCAACUUGCUUUUGGUUCCGGCUGAAAACUUGCGCCAAGUUUCAAGUGGAGAUCAACUGGCAAGCUUAGAUCGCUCUAUUGUCUAUAACUUUAUUCAACUUCGCUCUGACUACAAGUCUUCUAAAUUGGUCAACUACUUAAAAUAA